AUGAAAUACAUCGCUGUUGAUAAUUACGGCACUUGCGGAAAAAAUAUUCGUCAAUUACCAGAACAUAUUGUCAAAAUUCAAGGUUUUUCCAAUCGAGAUCUGAAAAAUAUCACCACUUAUGAGUGGGAAGCAGGAAAAUUAGCUUUAUCAAAAGAAUAUCUAUUUACUAUAUCCAUUGAGGACAGUUUAACUUUUGAUUACAUAUCGGAGAAACUAUGGCAACCAUUGAUGAUCGGAAGUGUACCUAUUUAUCUUGGAGAUCCAAAUGUUUAUGAUUGA